ACUGCACGACUUCAGCAACUAGAGUUUGAAUCCCAUUCAAACAAGGAGUGAUAAAAACUAGGAAUUUGGAGUUAUAAACUAGGAUUCCUAGUCCUAGGUGGAGUAGAGUUACAAUUUCAGGAGAUAAUUUCUGAUAUGUUCAGCCUUAUUAUAUAAACUGCAAUACCUCUAAUUAAUUCUUCUUCUUCUUCUUCUUCUUCUUCCUUUUUCCUUUUUUUCUGGGGGACACGUAUACGCAGAUCAAUGGAAUCCAAGGAUAUUGACGAAACUGAUGACUUGAUGUUAGAAAUCGUAUUGAAGCUGCCCAUGAGAUCUCUGGCAAGAUUCAAGUGCGUUUCAAAGACUUGGCACAGCAGGAUUCAAGAUUUCUGCAUCCCUAAGCUCUUACAAUCUCUUCAACUCCAAGUAAGUAGCAUAGGGAGGGAACAUCACGUGCAUUAUAUUGAUAACACCCGAGUUCUUUAUAGCUGUUCUCUAUUUUUACCACGACCAAUAUUAGCCUGUCACUUACUGGACUGUUGCAAUGGCUUGCUGCUAUUAUGGGUGUGUGACAAAGAAUAUGUAGUAUGCAAUCCUGUGACCAAGCAGUAUGUGAGUUUGAAGCUCCUGGUUCCUAGAAAUCAGGUGACUGGCCUUCUAAUAAAUGCUGCAUUAGCUUUUGAUCCUUCUAUAUCCCCUCAUUACAAAGUUGUUUUAUUCGAUUCUAGGAACAAUCGGUUACUAGUGUUCUCUUCCAAGUCCUGGAGUUGGAAUCCUUUAAAAUAUGAGCUGCAAGACGUCUUGAGUAUCCUUCGUUGGGAUAAGGAAUCUAUUUAUUUCUGUGGAGCAAUUUAUAAAUUAAGCAAGUCAGGACAUGUGGUGAAAUUCUCCAUUGAUGAAGAAAAGGUUGCCAGUGACCGUGUACGAGCCAUUAAACUUCCUAAGUAUGCCCCAGAAAUGAGAUGUUAUGGGGUGAGUAAUGGAAGUUUACAUUAUGCCAAUGUGGAUGAUGGGAAUCUGCAGAUUUGGGUGCUUAAUGGAAGCAUUGGCGAUGAAUGUGAAUGGGUGUUGAAGUAUACUGUUUCGUGCCAAACAAUAGGAAAAGAUAGAGGCAUAUAUUCUGUUCAUCCCUGUGCCAUUCAUCCAUUUUCAGAUAUAAUAUUUCUUGGUUGUGAUGGGGGGAAAUAUCCGAACGUCUACUACUAUGACUUCAGCAACCAAACUCUGGAGCCACAGUGCAAGCUGUUUUCCAUAGCAAAGGAAGUAGAUUUCAAGGAUUAUAUAUUCUAUCCAUUUUUCUAUUGCAUAGACUCUCUAGUCCCACGCAAUAAGAAAGUUCAGGCAUAGCAUUCAAUAGUUUCCAAUAUCCUCUGCCUCUGGAUAUUGGAAUAGAUAUUUGAUCUCUUUACUUGAAUCAGGCAGUUUUAAUGUUUCGGUCUGGUCUGGAGAAUUCCGAGUUUUUACAUAGUCAAUGGUGUGCCCUUUAUUCCUAAGGGUCAUGUAUCCAGAAAAUCUUAUUCUAAGUAAUUAUCAUUGGUUAAUUUAAGUGACUGACGUUCGUGUUGGACAUAGUAAUGAGAAUCUAAGGCUUGAGGCA